ACAGAAAAGAUGAAAAGGAGUAUGCACUGAAGCAAAUUGAAGGUACAGGGAUAUCCAUGUCGGCCUGUAGAGAGAUUGCAUUGCAGUUUGAUCCUGAGAGUAUGAGAGGAAUCUUCUGGUAGGCGUUUAAUGACUUGGGAGACCGCCAAUGAACAUCUUGUUUUAGCUUGCUUCACACAUUAGCUUUUACGAGAGUUGAAGCACCCUAAUGUGAUUGCAUUGCAGAAGGUUUUCCUUUCACACAGUGACAGAAAGGUUUGGCUGCUGUUUGAUUAUGCUGAACAUGACUUGUGGCAUAUUAUCAAGUUUCACCGUGCCUCAAAAGCAAAUAAAAAGCCCAUGCAGUUGCCAAGAUCUAUGGUUAAAUCCCUACUCUACCAGAUCCUUGAUGGAAUCCAUUAUCUCCAUGCAAACUGGGUGCUUCACAGAGAUCUGAAACCAGCAAACAUUCUGGUAAUGGGUGAAGGUCCUGAAAGAGGAAGAGUCAAAAUAGCUGAUAUGGGUUUUGCAAGAUUGUUCAACUCACCUUUGAAGCCAUUGGCAGACUUGGAUCCAGUUGUGGUGACAUUCUGGUACAGAGCUCCAGAGCUGUUACUUGGAGCCAGGCAUUAUACAAAGGCCAUUGAUAUUUGGGCAAUUGGCUGCAUAUUUGCUGAACUAUUGACUUCAGAACCUAUAUUUCACUGUCGUCAGGAGGACAUCAAAACAAGUAAUCCUUUUCAUCACGAUCAGCUAGAUCGCAUUUUCAGUGUAAUGGGAUUCCCUGCAGAUAAAGAUUGGGAAGACAUAAGGAAGAUGCCAGAAUAUCCAACUCUUCAGAAGGAUUUUAGGAGAACAACAUAUGCCAAUAGUAGCCUCAUAAAAUACAUGGAGAAACACAAAGUCAAGCCUGACAGCAAAGUUUUUCUUUUGCUUCAGAAACUUCUUACUAUGGACCCUACAAAGAGAAUUACCUCAGAGCAGGCUUUGCAGGACCCCUACUUUCAAGAGGAUCCUCUGCCUACAUCAGAUGUAUUUGCUGGCUGCCAGAUUCCAUAUCCUAAAAGAGAAUUCCUCAAUGAAGAUGAACCUGAAGAGAAAGGAGAUAAGAAUCAGCAGCAGAAGAAACAACAUCAGCAGCAAACAGCCCCUCAGCAGCAGCCGCAGGCAGCGCCGCAGCAGAACAGCACCCAGACCAACGGGACGGCCGGGGGCGCUGGUGCGGGCGCAGGGGGCGCGGGCACAGGGCUCCAGCACAGCCAGGAUUCCAGCCUCAACCAGGUGCCUCCGAACAAGAAACCACGCAUAGGGCCUUCAGGCGCUAACUCAGGCGGGCCUGUCAUGCCUUCAGAUUAUCAGCACUCCAGCUCACGCCUGAGUUACCAAAGCAACAUUCAGGGAUCUUCUCAGUCCCAGAGUACAAUGGGCUAUUCCACGUCAUCUCAGCAGAGCUCCCAGUAUCACCAAUCUCAUCAGUCUCACAGGUACUGAGAGGGCUAACAGACUGCACUCAGAAAGGAACGGACUAAAAGCCAGAAGACUCCAGCAAUAUGAAGUUCAUAAUGAUGAGAAGAACCAAAAAAUACAAACGAUGAUGCAGAAUUAAAAUUCAUGAUGACAAAAGGAAAACUUCACUCACUGAAGACUUUCCCCCUCUCCUUCCCCCCUGCCCCCCACCCCACCCCCCCGGCCCCCAAUCCCUUUAUUGCCAUAAAGGAGAUUUUCGUGAAGUUUUCCUUCCUCCCUGCCCUUGCAUGUGCUCCGUUGUGGUUACUCUAAUGAACCCUUCUGAUCUGAACCCAGCACUUAACUUCUUUAACCUUUGGAAUUUUGAAGGAUUCCUGGUGCACCUUCCUUAUGCUGUAGUGAUUGCCAUAAAUCUGUCUUUUCAAUCUCUUUGAUGGGAUUUUAAAGUUUUAAAAUCUUGAACUCCCAGGCUUUCAAGCUUGUAUAUAGUUAGUUUUAUACUAGGCAAACCAGUUUAGCUAUACAGGUAUAUUGCACCUUUUUAAAGCACUAUGUUAUUUUCACAGGAUAUUACUGUUUUGCUCAUGGAUGUCAAGAACAGCAAAAUUUUACUGUUCCAGAGUAUUUUACUAUUCUGUUUUUAUUAGUCUAGUUUUCAGGCGAGGUCUUAAAAAUAAAAAAUUUAAAAAAUAAAUAAAAUUUAAAAAAGAAAAAGGAAAAAAGAAAAAAACCCACCCAAGUCUCUGCAGCAACAAAUAUGCUUCAUGCUACUGGACUGAACGCCAAACGGAAGAUUGCUGAUAUUUCUUAACUCAUUCACAUUGAAUUCUUGAAAUCACAGUAAUCAUGCUCUGACUAGUUUCAAAUUAAGCGUUAUUUUAAAUGAAACCAGGACAGUCACAUAAAAAGGAGAUGUUUUCAGGAUCUGUUGGAACAGAAGAAUGGAAUGUCUUCCCAGGCUGGACACCAAAAUAGUCAGGAAAAUGUAUUUACUGCCCUCAAGUCUCAGUGGGAAUGUGGAUGAUGGGCUUCUUUUUCUGUUAAGCAGCUGAUUAAUGUAUGUGAGUGGUCUAUAAAUUUAGCUUUCUUUCACAUUCCUGAGUCAGUUUUCUAAAUGUAAAGGUGACAGAAAUACUAAGACUUGCAAAAAGCAAAUGCAUUUAAUCAUUUUAUGUUAGAAUUAAUAAUUAAGAGAAAUUAUUGCGCAGUUGGAAAAGCAUGUUGAAAAUUGUUCCUUUUUCAUGUUUAUAAUGCAUAUUCUGUGUCCCUCACAUUGCUGUGAUUAACCCAGAUUAGUUACACCAGAUGCGCUUGAUUGCACUGGAAUGUUUCUUUUUCCCUAGAGCAAACAUGUUUUGAUUGUGCCUAAGGACUGUAAGUGGAUGGGUAGCUGGCAGAAAAUCCCCAGUAAAUAAGAGUUCAGAAGCAUAAUCAGAGGAUUAUUGUCCAACUUCUGCAACCACAGUUAUUCGGAGAGACACAACAUGUAAUUUGGGACAGCUUCGCUUUUCCUUCAGAAAUAAGGCUGGCUCUUGUUGCAGAAAACCUGGAAAAAUGCAUUUAGAAAGCUACUAGCAAUGUAACAUCAGUGAGCUUCUGCAGCUGGUGUCCAGAGAAGAGGUGAAGUGAGAGGAGUUUACAUGUAAACAAUGUUACAGUCUCGUAUACUGCCGCGUGUUCUCUUCUGCCCUGUGUCCGUGCAAAAAAUUGUAUAUACCUGUGCACAUUCACACUCAAGUUGGGAUCAGACCUAGCAAGAUGAGAGAGUCUGUUUGCUCUGAGGAGAAUGCUGUUCAUCACAGCUAGACACGUACCUAUUUCUGCUGGAUUUGAUCUCCCAAUCGCUUUUAGUGCCCCCUUCCUCCUCAGACACGUGUUGUUUUCAUACCAUUUGUGAGCAGUUGGCUGGCUUCGGCCCUAUCUACCAUCAUGUGGUUUUGACAACACCCAGCUUCUGCAACUAAAACCUGCUUUUGUCAUCAAAUGGGUGAGAAGGUGGUGAAAACGAAAUGUAGCAAUUUGAAGGAAAAAAUUCUUUCUGGGGAGUAAUGAUCUCCCAAAGGAUACUUUCAAUGUGUAACCCUUGAAACGCUACAUAUUGUGUGUACCUUAGUAGCCUGUUUGAAAGAACAGAUUUUAAUUGUUCCUUUAUUGUAUUUCAAUGCGUCUGGGGUUACAUUCCUUCCCGUAAGUGGAAUGGCUCGCCUCUUAACUGAUGUUAGGAUGAGGUACCUUUGAGCUAAGGGAUGUUUGGCCAAUGCCAUAAAGUAACAUUUGUAUUUUUGUGACUUGAAUGUCACAUUUCUGGAAAUUAACCUUUGGCAGAGUCAUUUUUGUCCCCUCCUUUUCACCCUUCUGUUCUCUCAAAAUCCUUUUGUCUUUUCCAUUAUCCUUAUCUAACAUUUCUUCUCCCUGCUGUGACCUGCAGCUGAUCAUCAAAAUGCAUACAGCGUCAGGAGGUGGCAGGGAGACCGUACAGUUAAUUAAGGUGGGCUCUUGUGCCCAUAAGGCAAAAUCAUGGUGUAGGUUAAUCUGUAGAGUGUGAAACUUCACAGCAAUGUCAGGUCCUUUAAUUGAGUGAGCUUCCAGCUUCUGGAGCGACUGCCACAACAUCUCUCUGAGCUGAGCUGGCGUUUCUGCCUCGGUGGGGUCUGACAGACGACCACACGCCGCUCCUCUCUGGCUUUUGUGUGCACACGCGAAGCCGAGCUGACUCCCCCCGUUGCCUUCAAACUCACAACCUGGGAGGAGAGUGAAUAAAAGCAAAAGCAUUUGCUGCGAAGCGCAGGCUGUGCACAUGCUUCUAGUUCCUUCCCGGUGGUGAAAUAAUUCGCCUUUUCUUGGCAGCUUGACGUGUGUCGCCAGGGAGGGCGGCAGCCGUAGUGGAAGAAGCCUUGCUUUCCAGGGGUCAUCCCAGGAGGUAAAAAUGCGGGAAGCCAGGACCACGUCAUUGUUGUGUUUCUUUUUCCUCUGCAGUUUCAUAAGUACUCAUAGCUCUGUCUCUGCCCAUAACCCUUACACCCUCACCAAAGUCUUUCAGACCGGUACCGAGAGAGGCAGGUGACACCACCAGAGCCAUCUUCUCCAUCCUGGUCGCCUGGUGGGAGGUCAGGCCGCUGAGUACAGCUUUUCCCAUCAUGGCUGAGAAGAAACAAACAGGUGGGGAACGAACGGGACGAGCAGCCUGGUCCGCAUUGGUGAAGUUUAUGUAGCACAAACUGCACAAUGAAGGAAAAAUAUAGGGAAAGCUGCGAGUCCUGCACUGUAUCUGUGACACUGUAUCUGGGGAGGGGGAGGGAAGAACAUUCGUAGCGGGAGGGGUGGCGGGAAGCUAGAAGUGUUCAAAUAUGUAUAAUAUUUUAUAUAAACAUAAUAAGCUUAGUUCCCCUUCAUAAUCUUCAGGAAUGGUACUUUUAACACCAUUAAGCAAAGAAUUGUUUUAGGGUUAAAUAAAUGUAUUGUACAUAAGGCCAUACGUAAUCUUCUAAAAAUGUCGCCAGACAGGAGCGAUGUGUAUUACUAUAUGAAAAAAAAGUCCUUAAUGCACUGUUAUCUCCUAAAUAUUUAGUAGUAAAUUAAUACUAUUUAAUUUUUUUAAAAAUUUGUCUUGUGUAGACACUAAAAAGUAUUACACAAAAUCUGGACAGAACAUGUCCUUUUUAACAGCAAUUUAAAGAACUUUUUAUAUAUGUAAGGUAGUAACUUUUCAAACUGUUCUAGUUGUAUUUUCCCAUGUUUACUAUUUGUGGAAGUGUGCCUGUCUGUAUUCAGUUAUUUUUUUUUUUCCUAAUAAUUUCAUGCACGCAUCUUUCAUUUUUGUAGUUUUCAUUAGAAAUUGUUGUGUAUGCGCCUCAUCCUGCCACAAAACUUUGCCGCUCUGGAUCUGUGGUGGCCACAUUCGGCAGUGCCUGUGCCAAUGGGCUAGCAAAACCACAAAGCAAAAUACUUGUUUCUCAUUCUGGAGUUGAGAGUUUACUGCUUUUAAGUUGUUCCGAUGUCACUCUUGAAAUGACUGUUAAAACUAAACUAUGAGCUCAUUGCAUUUAUUUUAUAUUCUUGGUUGUAAUGAAAUGGAAUUGACUUUGCUUC